CAAUCUUCCAAGCCAAGCCUCAAAAGGCAUACUAUUAUAUGAUGACGAGUUUCUGCAAUAAUAAAGUCCCCCCUUUAUUGUGUUUAUCAAAUUCCAAAGACAACGGAACACUGCUAGACUUUUCCCUUCCCCGCCUAAAUAUUUUCACCGCCGUUUCAACCGGCUGUGAUAACUCUUCAGUUGACCCUCAAAAACCAACCAAUUACCUCGACUCCACCCCCAUGACACCACCGGCCGCCACCGCUGUGGCGAAAAAAGAUCCCGGUGGAAUCGGGUUCUUAGAUGAAGUUGGCGGGAGUGUUGAUGGUUUAAUGUCAUGUACAGAGAGUCUUGGUUUCGAGAGCUCGGAUGAGAGGACAGUAGAUGAUCAAAUUGAGGAUUUAGGUCAUCAUAAUCAUCGCGACGAAUUAGCUAAUUGUAGCAAUAAUAUUAUGGCUAGUACUAAUUCAAGGUGCUGGCAGAGAAGUAAUUUGGCGGAGAAGAAGGAAAAGAAGAAGUUUCCGCCGCUAUUAUCGUCGUUAUGCCAAGAUGGAAAGCCUAAUUUCUUCCUCCGUGCGGUGAGGAAAGAUGGACGGUUAGAAUUGACAGAGCUGAAAAUUGAUCGGCCGGAAACUCUCUUUGCUUCCCGGCAAGAUGGAAGAUUGAGAUUGCAUCUCAUUCGCAAUCCCGAAGAAGAAGAAUCAGAAGAAGAGGAAGACGAAGAUUUUCCCGUGGAAACGGAGGAAGUAAUUGAAACAGAGGAAGUAAUUGAAACAGAUGAAGAAAAUGAAGAUGAAAUAAUUGAAGAGUGGAAGUUUCCGGUGAUGGGGAGUGGAAUUGGAGAUGGUCAUCGGAGAUGUUACGGCAGUCAUGGUAAUAACAACCAUCACCAUGAUUUACAUUUAUUGAGGCAACGGUGUGUGACAACCAGGUGAAUUUUUGAUUAAAUCAAGUGAGAACAAAGAGAUGGCCAUCCAUGUGAAUCUGUUUUUUUUUUUUCCAUUCAAGUACGUACUCUCUGCCAUUUCUGGGGACAACAAUGAGGACCCAAUGAAGUUGGAAUUAACAAGUUGCAGGCAGCAGCCAGUGAAAUUAAGAGCCUCCAAUUGCUAGCAGUUGGAAAAAACAUUGGGAUUCUGUUUUGCAUCAGAGCAGUAAUUCUGGGUGAGGACAGAGAGAGGAGGAGAAUCAGUUACCUAAAUUUCUGAAAAGAAUUACAGAUAAAACAGAGAAUUAUUUUCAGUUAUCUUUUUGAAGCAA